AUGACAGAAGCAUUAGAAACUCCACCACAAAGAUCAAGUAAGAUACAUACUUGUGUUAAACUCUUACUUAAAGUCAUCUCGGAAGAAACAUUAUUCAAAGUUUUUCAGAAACUUGGUUUUAUCACCCCCGAUUCAUAUUAUAAACCUACACUUAAAAGUCUUUCAAAUUGUCUUGAAGGUGUCUAUAUACUUGAUAUUCUACCUUAUCUCAACAAAUACAAUUGGAAACUAAAAACAGCUGGAUUUUGGUUAAGAUAUCAUGUCUCAAGACCAUUUGUUCUUACUAAGAGGACUUUAAAUUCUUUUUAUGAAGAACAUAGAAGCUCAAUCAUACGUAUGAAGUCAAUUUUCAAAUCAAUUAAAGAGAAAUCAACAUUAAUAAACAAACCAUCAGUUAGUCCAGUCACAAAUUUGAAAUCAUGUUUUCCUAUUGAAAUUUGGCUUUUGAUUGUUAAAUUUGGUGAUCUUGAACCAGCAAACUUGAUUAGAGUGAACAAAGAUUUGUUCCAAGUAUUUGCUCCAGUGGUGUAUCGCUCAAUCCAUUUGGACUUAUCAAUUGCUUCAAGUGAAAUUAUUAAGAAACAUCAUGCACAUUAUAUAAAGUUUGGUGAUACAUAUUACUUUCAAUCACCUAAUCCAUUUCAGCUUUAUGAAAGUUGGAAAGAAAAUCAAAAUGCUGAAUUUGAAUUCUUAGAUAUAUCCCAUACCAAAAUUUCUAAUGAACAAAAACUUAAAAAUGAAAUCAUACUUGAAUCAGGUGUUUCAAUAAUUUCAGAAACAAGAUUGAUUAGGAAGUUUAAAGAUGUUCAUAAUUUUUUCAAGUGGGUUAUUUCAAAUGAACAUUCUUUACUUUUCAAAUUCAUCAAAGAAUUAACAUGUAACAUCACAAUGCUUGAUGUUGAUGCCCAUAGAAAUAUUAUGGUUGAUGGUUCAAGUACAUUUAGUGAAACACACGAGUUUCUUUCACAAAAUAAAAGCUUGAAUGUUUAUAAGUCAAAAGGUAUUCCAUUUUUAUCCUUUGAUUUAUCGCCUGAUGUAUACGAAGACUACAUUAAAGAAAUGAAACCAUUCCCAGAUGAAUAUGAAGAUGUUAUGCGAAUAUUCAAAUCAACUGAAAGAUGUCCAGGAACUUCUACUUCUCUACCUGAUCAUCCACAUUAUCAAUACUUAGUAAUGUGUGGAAUAAUAAGUGAUCAUCUUCAACUUGAGCAAAAAAGAUCAAAGUUGUCUAAAAUUAAAAAAGAAAAUGAUCUUGUGGAAUUGAAUCCCUUCAAUGAUUGGUCUCGUAAAUGUGUUGAUCAAGAAUCUCAACUUUUUUCAAAAUUUGAAUGUGAAAAGAAAGGAUUUAAGACAAUUCAAGUUUCAGGACAUUCAUUUUUAAAAUCUUUCGAAAUUCAAGAAUUCUUAUCCGAGUUUUGUGGAUUAUUAUCUACUCGUCUUAGUGAUAAUCUUGAAAAUACUUCUAUAAUGGUUUCGGGAAUUGAAAGGUCUCACAUAACUCCAAACAGAACAAGAUUUGGACGUUUGAUAAAUUCAUAUGAUUUGGGAUAUGUGAACCAUCCAGAAACAAUCAUCAUAAAUAGACAAUGA